AUGUCCGAAUCACAAACAAGUUCAGCAUCAGCAUCAACAAUUUUGAGUGUUUCAAGCGAUUUACCACUGGAUGAUGCGGUAUCAGUGCAAACAACGGAAACUACAAAUUCACUUCAAAAAACAAAAAUAAAUUAUGAAAAUUUCUGCUUGAAAAAUGAUGCUAUCACUAAUAUAGCAUCAGAUUUAAUUCGGCAAGAUGAAAAGGUUAAAUUUCCUGCAGAGGUGCAGGAGCAACAAUCAAAUGGUUAUUUGGAGGUGGAAAAAUUGGUGCAAAAUAUGAAUGAAGAUGAUGUUCAGCAUAUUGCAAUAGCAUAUCCGAUGAAUAGUGCAAAAGGUGAUGAAAAUGAAAAUGAAGAAAAACAAAAGGUUAUAAUGGUAGGAGGAGAGUCGGAUAAGAGAAAAGCGGAAGUUGUAGAGAGCGAAAUGCGAGAUGAUGAUGAUGAUGAUGAUGAUAAUAAGAUGUGGAUGACCCCGGUGAAUUCGUCAGUUAUUGGAAAUGUUAAAAUUAAAGUUGAAAAUGAUGAAGCGGUAUGUGAAGAGAGUUUGAAAAUUGUUGAGGAAGAAAAGAAAGCAACAAAUUUGACAAAUAUAAGAGAUGAAAGGCAGCAUAGCUUUUAUGAUAGCUCUCGAGAAGCGACUAAUUCUGAGAUGAUAAAAAAUGCUGAAAAUGUUGACUUAAUGAAAAGUGCAAGCUUAGAAUCCUAUGCUAAUCGAGCUAUAUCAAAAAGUCCGGAACAUCGAUGUAUACGAACAACAUCAGAAAGUCCUCCGAGUGCUACAGAUAGUUGGAAAAAUGCUACAAUUAAUACGAAUAAUUUCAUUGAUAUUGGUACUCGAAGUGGUGAUACACAAGCAGCUAACAAUACUACGACACUUCAAAAUCAUCAAACCAAAAUUAUUUAUAAUAACAAGACACUGACUGUAAACAUGCUCAGGGAUAAGCCACCGGGUACAUUUGUUGUGCGGGACAGUAACAGUUUUCCAGGUGCAUUUGGUUUAGCACUAAAAGUUAGUACACCACCACCUGGUGUUCAUCCUGGUAAUUUAUUUUCAAUCUUUUUUUUGUUUAACAAGUUAAUAUAA